CGAGGUAAAAUUGAAGAACGGAAGAAAUGGAGAAGAUGGAAGAAAAAGAGAAGGGACCCUAUCGGAAGAAACUAAAUGCCACUGCCAAAAAACGUUAUUUAGACAAACUGUCCGAGAUAAACAAGAUAGAUCCAUAUGAUUUAGCAGCCCAAGACUGGAUUACCGAUCCAGACGCACUACCUCCGCUCACAUAUAUGGACAUCGUAAAUUACCUCGUUUUUGGAUUGAGUGCGUACACUUUGCAGGAGUUUAAGAGCUAUAAAUCCCUUCAAGCUCAUGAACAGUUUUGCAGCGGCUGGGUACAAGACCUCCUCAUUCACAGGCCGCCUAACUGCAAGAGCACAGUCGUACUGGCAAAGGUGAUGCACUCCCAGCGCCUUAGUGAAGUUCCUCUGAAGGCUUGGGUUAUUAUCAACACCAAUGGUGAAGUUUCCUCAGUUGCAGAGACAUGCACCCAUGUUGAGGCCUUGCUUUUUAAAAUGGAAGCAACUGUCCGGUGCAGAGAAAUGAGGACUGUCACAGACAUGUCUGCAUACUGGAUCUUACCAAGUAAUGUGAACAAAGUUCACGGUGAGAUCAGGUGGAAUAAACUUGCUCUCUGCUGCAUCCCACUGGCCUUGAGGAAGUCUCUUCAUAGUCACCCAUCACAAGCAGCAAAGCCAGUAUAA